CUGACGACGCGUGCUGGUGGUGCGUAUAUCCCACCCCAUCGUCUGCGACAGAUGCAACAGAACGUUACCGACCGAUCUAGUGAACAAUACCAACGCAUUACCUGGGAGGCAUUAAAGAAAUCAAUUAAUGGUCUUAUCAACAAAGUCAACAAGUCCAAUGUUAAGAUGCUUAUACCCGAACUGUUUGGUGAAAACUUGGUUCGUGGCCGUGGUUUGUUUUGCCGUAGUAUGAUGAAAGCCCAAAGUGCAAGUUUACCUUUUACACCUGUUUACGCGGCCGUAGCCUCGGUGAUCAACACAAAACUUCCUGCUGUUGGUGCACUUUUACUGACACGAUUGGUUGUACAGUUCAGACGUGCAUUUCGUCGUAAUGACAAGACUGUGUGCUUGGCAGUUUCGACAUUUAUUGCACACCUUACAAAUCAGCUGAUUGCCCACGAGAUUCUUGCUCUCCAAAUCCUAGCUCUUUUACUAGAACGACCUACAGACGAUUCAGUUGAGAUUGCAGUUGGAUUUAUGCGCGAAGUAGGCGCACAUCUUGCCAAUGUGUCUCCAAAACCCAACAAUGCUAUCUAUGAACGCUUUAGAGCAAUUCUGCACGAGGGUCAGAUUGAUAAGCGUAUCCAAUAUAUGAUUGAAGUUCUUUUCCAAGUUCGCAAAGACAAAUACAAAGAUAACCAGCCGAUACUCCAGGAAUUGGAUUUGGUAGAAGAAGAAGAUCAAAUUACACAUUAUAUUGGACUUGACGACGAAGAUCUCGAGGUUGAGGAUGACUUAAACGUUUUCAAGUUCGACCCAAAUUAUGAAGAAAAUGAAAAGAAAUAUAGCGAAAUCAAAGCCGAAAUUUUAGGAGAAGGUUCGGAUGAUGAAUCUGAUAGCGAUGACGAGAGUGGAGAAGAAGAAGAGGACGAUGAGAGUGACGAAGAGGCAGAACAAAAGAAAAUGGAGAUACAGGACGAGACAAAUGCCGAGAUUAUCGCACUACGAAGAAGAAUUUACUUGACUGUCAUGUCCAGUGUUGACUUUGAGGAGUGCUGUCACAAACUUAUGAAGCUUGAUAUUCGUGAAGGACAAGAGAUCGAAUUGUGUAAUAUGAUUAUUGAGUGUUGCUCCCAAGAACGUACUUUCCUCAAGUUUUAUGGUCUUAUUGCCGAAAGAUUCUGUAAAAUGAACCGAGUAUGGUGUGAGAACUUUACCUCAGCUUUCACAGAAGUUUAUGAGACCGUCCAUCGUUAUGAAACCAACAGACUUCGAAAUAUUGCUAAGCUUUUUGCCCAUUUGUUCUACACUGAUUCUCUUGCUUGGACAUGUUUCUCUAUUAUUCGCCUUACAGAGGAUGAAACGACAUCUGCAUCGCGUAUUUUCACAAAGAUCCUUUUUCAGGAAAUCAGCGAGUUCCUUGGUCUUAAGAAGCUGAAAGAGCGUAUCGACGACCCCUACAUGGCCGAUUACUUCCAAGGAAUGUUCCCCAAAGACAAUCCAAAGAACACCCGUUUUGCUAUCAAUUACUGGACCAGUAUUGGUCUUGGUGCCCUUACCCAGGAAUUGCGUGAAUGGUUGCGCACCGCUCCUCAA